AAGGGAUGUUUUGCCGCGGCAGGUCCACAUGGCAGUACAAGAGAAGCACGGUUGCUGCAGGUUGCUGCAUCGACGUUCACACAUGCUUCUGCAAACCUCCGUUGUCGUUUCCUGUCGUGUGCGCUGUGCUGCGACGUGCAUGGCGGACCAUGCGAGGAAGUUGUCGCUGCUUUGUGUCCCCGUCCUCCUAUUGUUGCUCUUGACCAUACUGCACCUGUGGUCUUCGAGGCGUGYAAGGGUUGUGCCCCRCAAGCGGAAGCUGACGAGAUCGAGCAAGCAUCCGRYGUGUAAAGGAGGGAUGGGUGCCGGCGRCGACGGGGYGGACAUGUUCAUGUACGGGGUUACGGGGGGUGGCGGCGAGGGCUGUUUUCCAUCGGAUACACCACGUUACGAUCCAGCACUUUAUGCGCACCUGCCGCCGCAUCUUCAGCCCCUUCCCGACGAUGAGAAUUGGCAGCCGCCUCCAUCGACAUUCGACCUCGCGCACGGCUCCACACAGUCCAUAUCGGACAGUGGAGUGUGGGUGCGAGAUCAGCGGCCGAGGCAGGGGCCAAUGACGUCACUUCUGUUCGACGGAUUGCACCAGGGAAUGUGCCCACCCCUCGAUCUGCAGUUGUCUUCGGGGGGUCGCCCUGCCGCGUCACGAACACUUAUCAUCAAUCCCGCCAGCCGUUGGAGGGCGACGCGUCAGUCGGACAGUCGACUCGGCGGCCAGGUGCUGGGAGCUUGCAGCCAACAGCAGCGCCUGCAAACACCAACAUUCAUGCAGGGGCGGGGGAAGGGGAAGGCCAAGGAUGGGGGUGGCGAGAGCGGCGGGGGAAGGAUAAUAUGGAGUCUAGAUGACUCCGUCACCCUCGUCCGCUGCAAGAGGGAGCAAGACAAAACUCUUGCUGCGGUGGGCCAUAACUUUGCGAGGAUGAAGACGAAGCAGUGGAAAUGGACUGACAUCGCGAAGAGGAUGGAGGUGCUGGGAGUGACCCGUGAGUGGGAUGUGUGCAUGAAGAGAUGGGAGAAUAUGUUCUCGUGGUACAGGAAGGUGCAAUGGAGGGAGAAGGAGUCCGGGUUGCAGUUGUUCUUCACGCUAACGCCGAAAGAACGAGCCGAUAAAGGGUACAAGUUCCGGAUGGAUCGCCAACUUUACGAGGCACUCCAUGCCGGUCAGCACGGUAAUCAAACCAUCCACCCGCCGAAUGUGGUGGACACGGGGGCUUCUGAGCAGCUAGGUGCAAACAACGGCGGCACGGGCGAAACUUCGGCGAGUGAUAAUGGCAAUGGGGAGGCUGGGGAAGGCUGCGCGAGCAGGUCGUCAAGCGGGAUGAAGUUCACGAAAAGGAAAAAUGCAAGGCAACAGGCUUUCGAGGCGGUGACAGACGUCAUGUCCACUCACUCAACAGUCAUGGCCGAUUCAGUGGACAGGGCCAGCAAACGACAGUGCGACGUCCUUCAACGACAGUGCGAUAUCAUGGAGAGGGAGGUCAAAGUGCACGAGACACAGUGCGGCGUGAUGGAUGCUGGCCAGCGGAUGUUGUGUGGCGCUUUGUUAAAGAUCGCGGAGGCGUUGUCACGCCCGAGAGGCAACUCGCACGGAAGGGCAAUGGAAUUCGAUCAUCAUGUCAACCAUAAGGACUUCCGGUAUUGCGAAGCGGACGCCAAUGCAGUGACAUGUCUUGCGGUGGUCGUAGGGUCCGGAUUCGGUCGACGGGCGCUUCGCGAAGUCAUCAUGCACAUCACGAGGGUCGGAACGGCUGUGCUGACCAGGUUCGUUGGUGGAGUGGACGUGUCGGCGGAGACGGUGCGCAUGCUAAUUACUAAUUUCGCCAUGGAGUUCCGUGACCGCAUGCACCACCCGGCCACGUACACGGUGGUCCUUCAUGCGCCUUUCGAGCAGAGGGAAGACCUGCAUGGGGAUAUCGACAUUUUGAGGGAGGGUAUGUUUUGACAGACGUCGUCGUUUGCUCUCUUUCUGUUGGGGCGGACUACCGAUACUUGUCAUUCG